UCAAAUUACACCAGAGAGAAAAAUCAACAGUGGCAGAAAAAGAAAAACUCAGGGCGCUGAUAAUAUGUGAGGAGGUGCACCAACACAAUAAGUGCAAGAAAAAAAAAGAGGAAAUUGUCAACACGAGGCAGAGAGUUUGGACUUUUACGAAAAAUUAAUUGAGUUUAGGAACAAGUUGAGGGCGUAGAUCAGCUGCAGCUGGUUCAGUGAUCGACCUUUGAGACAGGAGGGGAUUUUAUUUUCUGUGUAUUUUCUGUAUCAAGCAGCUGGAGGCGUUAUCUGAAAACCUUUGGAGACGUCUCACUGGAAGAAUCAUGAAACAGCUUCUUGUUGUUUUCCUGUGUUGUCUUCCUUUGGCAGCCAGUUUGCAAUGUUACACAUGUGUGUUUCCCGCCAUCUCUCCUCUGGACUGCCUCAGGUUUCCUCAGGAGUGUCCGGCCGGGCAGCGCUGCCUGUCGAGUACUGCAAUAGGAAAACGAGGAUCUCUACAGGUGAUGAUGUACGAGAAGAGCUGUGCCGUUCCCGGUCAGUGUGACGUGAGCGGACAGAAAUACGCCUCGGGCCUCGAAUUCAACUACACCAACGUCUGCUGUGACACUGACCUGUGCAACGGUGCCGUGUCCUUUGCUGCCCUCAGCUGGAGAGGAGUCGCUCUCUGCCUCGCGCCUGCACUCGCUCUGCUGCUCGCCUGAAGCUGGAACCAUCAGAUGUAGGAGCCCUGAGAGAAAUCAUCUGGAGAAGAUGUAUGAAGACGCACAUGGGCACGAAAGAAGACUUGAAACAUUUCUGCUUUUAAAAAGUUUUAAAAUUAUUAAUAAGUAGUGAUUUACUGAAAUACAUUUUAAAGCCUAUAAAAAGAUAUGCUACAAUAUUUAAUAGUUUUUUUUUUUUACACACCUUUUGAAUUACAACUAUCAAAAACGGAAACAUUUAUAUUAUUCUUUCUGUUUGUUCAUCUUCAUCACUGCCUGCACAAAUAUAAACGUUUCUCCUUUUUCUGCUCACUUUAAAACCAGAACAGACUCUAAACACAUGUAAACAUUUAAAGUUACUCUUUUUAACAACAAGAUUCUAAUGCACUGCUUUAAAUAGAUAAUUUCUCUUUUGCAUCUUUUUUGACACUUUCUUCCAUCUCAAUGUUAAAAUGACUCUGAUUAAAGAUAAGAACACAUUUGUCACAGUUUGCUUUGUCAUCAAGAUAUUUUUAUUGGGACAUUAAUAAAUGUGUUUUUUUUAGUAUAAAAUACAUUUCUGCUGAGCUAUUAGUUUUAUUGUUUUUUUUAAUGUCCACACCACCGGGUUGAUCCCGUGGACGUUUAAGUGCAACUGCUUCAGACUACAUGGCAAACAGGCGGGGGUAAAAAAAAAAACACAAAACAAAAGGCUAAAAUAUUUGAAGGAAAAUGCAAAGCGGCAGGAAACAAAGUGAAAAGCACAAUAUAGGUCCCAUACAUGAUACAGAUGAAGAUUUAAAAAAAAAAAAUGAGGGUUUAAAACAGUGAAGUGAAAAACAAAACUAAUGUAAAUAAAUGAAUACAACAGGUUAAAUGGUCCCUGAAACUAUAUGAAGUCCUACAGUGAGAAUGAAAAACUCUUUGUCUGGAGAGAGAAAAUAUUAAAAAACAUUUACUAUUAAAUUAUUCAGACUCGAUCCCUUUCAAAGUUUUUGAAACUAGAUGAAAUCCACAACAAUUCAGUCAAGUACAACAUUCUGUUUGAUCAACACUUGAAUUACAGUAUGUGGGUGGGGGUGGGGGGGUUCAACAUGUUUCAUUAAAACUGUGCUCACACCACAUGUCUAAAAUCAAAGUCUGUGCACAGGAUUGUCUUUUCACUAUAAAUUGCACUUAGGUUUCAUUUCUUCUAUGUGCUUCACCCGGAUCUGGGAGAUGUCUCCACUGCUACCUACGGUUAAAAUGAAGUUUUAAUUGCAAACAGCCUCAGUAAAUGUUAAUUUGCACGGUGCCCUGCAGUUUAUUAAAUCCUCUACACAAGCUGCUGGUACAGACUGUGUUAUAUUAUGAGCAAACACGUCAACGCCAACUUGUAAUAUUCUGUAUUUUUCUUAUUGUCAACAAACCCCAUGAAAAGAACAAUGACAGGAAUAUUCUCUGGUCAUAAAAUACCAACUUGAAAUUUUGGCCUGAUGAUGUUGCUAGAAGAAGAUUGAGAGGGUCUCCAGUGAUUAUUAGAGAUGUUCCGAAACAUACAGCAACACAACUAUCUCAGACUCAGGUAGAAAAGUAGAGUCGGGUAGUACAAAAAUCUAUGUGGCAAAGAAAAAAAGGAUUUCCAGCAGUGCAUCGUAAACCAGUGUCGACUGAAAUGUCAGGUACUUGGAAAUACUUCAGGCUAGAAAGUCCCACAAGUAAAACAGCGACGUUUACCAUACAUGCAUGAUUUCAGUUUCGAGGGGUGGAGCUAAAGUUAUCAAUGAUUAUCAAACUCUUUUCAUGGGAUUUACUGAUAAUAGAACAUGAGCCUUUUUUCUUAUUAUUAAUAACUAACUGCAACAUAAGGCUGCAGAUCUUUUUUGUGCAUUUUUACAUUUCACUUCUCUUUUUCCCCCCCGUCAUGAGGAACAUGACAGAGCUCGAGCUGCUGCAGAGCGUUUGCACUGAAAACUUCAUCAGUCAACAAAGACCUUCACCUCUUCCUCCACUGACGACCCGAUCUCCUUCAUUCAUAGGAUUCUUCAACUACGCUAAGAUACUUCAUACACGACAGGCAGAGCGGAGCCCUUUCUUGGCAGGAGGCUCUGACAGCGGAUCACAAACGAGCUCGGUAAUCUUGAAUAAUCCUCCGCGCCUGCUGUGGGAGCGGAGAAAGAGGAAGCCCGAGUCUAUUGAAACCGUUUCCUGUCUCUACAACCGUUUUCAGCUCUGCCUCCCUAAUGUGGCACCUGGUGUGCACCCCCCUCCUCUCUGAGACAAAGACUAAAACGUUGUUUAAAUGAAAGUUGGCUUUAAUAAAAAAGAAAAGAAAAAGGUUUUGACUGUACAAGGCCUUGAUCCCUCAGUAAUGAAAUAAUCAACUCAAAUGUGAAGCAUCUGUGAUUACAGACAAACCACAAACGAC